GAAAAGGGGGCAGUCUGGAGCUCUAGGCUGUGUUGCUUGGACCGGCAGUUUCUGUGGAGUUGCCGCUCGCUCUCUGUCCCUGCCGGCUAUGGGGUUACUGGAGCUGUGUGAGGAAGUGUUUGGUACCAAUGACCUCUACCGAGUGUUGGGCGUGCGGCGCGAGGCCUCGGACGACAAGGUCCGACGCGGCUACCACAAGGUAUCCCUGCGGGUGCAUCCGGACCGGGUUGGCGAGGACGCCAAAGAGGACGCCACCCGCCGCUUCCAGAUCCUCGGGAAAGUCUAUUCUGUUUUGAGCGACAAAGAGCAGAGAGCAUUGUACGAUGAGCAGGGAACCAUAGACGAAGAUUCUGAUGUGCUCAGCCAAGAUCGGGACUGGGAGACGUACUGGAGGUUACUUUUUAAAAAGAUAUCUCUAGAAGACAUUCAAGCUUUUGAAAAGACAUACAAAGGUUCUGAAGAAGAGCUGGCCGAUAUUAAACAGGCCUAUUUGGAUUUCAAGGGUGACAUGGAUCAGAUCAUGGAGUCUGUGCUGUGUGUGCAGUACACAGAUGAACCCAGGAUAAGGAACAUUAUUCAGCAAGCCAUUGAUGCUGGAGAGAUCCCGUCCUACAAUGCCUUUGUCAAAGAAUCGAAGCAAAAGAUGAAUGCAAGGAAAAGGAGGGCUCAGGAAGAGGCUAAAGAAGCAGAAAUAAGCAGGAAGGAGCUGGGUCUUGACGAAGGAGUAGAUAACUUGAAAUCAAUCAUUCAGAGCAGACAAAAGGAUCGGCAAAAAGAAAUGGACAAUUUUCUGGCUCAAAUGGAAGCAAAGUACUGCAAACCUUCCAAAAGAGGAGGGAAAAAAACGCCUCUCAAGAAAGAAAAGAAAUAAUGGGAUUUUCUCUUCAGAAGUCCUUAGCUGUUAAUUGGCGCCAUUGUAGGCAAGAUACAGUCAAGAUUUGAAGAAAGAAGUGAACCCUGCUCUUGAGAAAAGCUGUCUUUCCAGCCUAAAUUCAGCUCUAC